AUGGCCGCGGGCGGCUCGGGCAGUAGCGGCGGAGGAGGCGGCGCGGAGGAGAAGAGCUACCGCCGUUUCCUCGAGCUGUUCUUGGGAGAGUUCCGCGGGCCCUUCGGGGCAGAGCCAGAGCCGGCGCCGGCUCCCCCCCCUCCCGCCGCCGACGCCGCCGACACCGCCGCCUCCGAGGAGGACCCCGGGGCUGAGGGAGAGGCGGCGGCCGCCGAGGCGGAGGAAGGAGACGCCGCGGACCCUCGGCCGCCCACCCCGCCGCCGCCCCCCCCGCCGCUGCCCCCGCUGCCCCGGCCGCUGUCGGAGUACAUCACGGAGGAGGAGGUGGAGGGCGAGUGCCUGGACCUCUGCCUGCAGCAGCUCUACAAGUAUAAUUGCCCUUCAUUUCUGGCUGCUGCUUUAGCUAGAGCAACUUCAGAUGAAGUCCUUCAGAGUGAUCUUUCAGCACACUACUUACCAAAGCAUGUGGACAAUGCUGAUGGGAUUAUACAGAUUGAGACAGUGAAACUAGCCCGCUUAGUUUUUAGCAAACUCCAUGAGAUCUGCAGCAACUGGGUGAAAGAAUUCCCACUCCAGCCAAAGCCACACCGCUAUUAUGAGACGUCCAUCCACGCCAUCAAGAAUAUGCGGAGGAAAAUGGAAGACAAGCAUGUCUGCAUUCCAGACUUCAACAUGCUCUUCAACCUUGAGGACCAAGAAGAGCAAGCCUAUUUUGCGGUGUUCGAUGGCCAUGGGGGAGUGGAUGCUGCCAUCUAUGCCUCCAUCCAUCUCCACGUGAACAUGGUCCAUCAGGAGAUGUUCCAGCACGACCCGGCAGAGGCGCUGUGCCGAGCUUUCCGGGUGACGGAUGAGCGCUUUGUCCAGAAGGCAGCCAGAGAGAGCCUGCGUUGUGGAACCACUGGGGUGGUGACUUUCAUCCGAGGGAAUAUGUUACAUGUGGCUUGGCUUGGGGACUCGCAGGUUAUGCUUGUGAGGAGAGGCCAAGCUGUGGAACUGAUGAAACCCCACAAACCAGAUCGAGAGGAUGAGAAGAAACGCAUCGAGGCGCUUGGUGGCUGUGUGGUCUGGUUUGGAGCCUGGAGGGUGAAUGGGAGCCUGUCAGUCUCCAGAGCUAUUGGGGACGCUGAGCACAAGCCAUACAUCUGUGGGGAUGCAGACUCUGCCUCCACUGUACUAGAUGGCUCUGAAGACUACCUCAUUUUAGCCUGUGAUGGUUUCUAUGACACGGUCAAUCCCGAUGAGGCAGUCAAAGUGGUGGCUGACCAUCUAAAGGAAAAUAAUGGUGACAGCAGCAUGGUAGCACACAAAUUAGUGGCAUCUGCUCGGGAUGCCGGUUCCAGCGACAACAUUACUGUCAUUGUGGUAUUUCUCAGGGACAUGAAUGCAGCAGUCAGCGUUAGUGAGGAGUCAGACUGGACAGAGAACUCUUUCCAAGGUGGGCAAGAAGACAAUGGGGAGGAUAAGGAAAACCAUGGAGAAUGCAAGCGACCGUGGCCCCAGCACCAGUGCUCAGCACCUGCUGACCUAGGCUAUGAAGGACGAGUGGAUUCCUUCACUGAUAGAACUAGCUUAAGCAUAGGGUCUGGCAUUAACGCAUUUGAUGAUCAAGGUUAUUUAGACCUGACAAAAACAGAAACUAGUACGCCUAAUAGUGCCAAAUACCUGCCACCAAUUCAAGUGUUUAGUCCUGGUAUACCAAAGAAUGCAAGUUUGAUUAAUGGUUUAACAGUGAAGAAUGAAUCACCAGAGAGCACAUCAUGGAUCUGUGGACAGAACAACCCCGGGGAGUACAGCGCUCCUCUUGGUUUGCAUGCUGCAGAGGAGAGCAUCUACAGGGUGAAGGGUUUAACCCCCAUCUUCUUUGGGCUGGAAGAUGAACUGUCCAAGUCCUUGGGAAAACGAGUUGCAUUCUUUCAUUUCCGAUUCUGUAACGGGAAGAGGAGACGAGGAGCCAGGCUCAAACCAAAGCUUCACACGCCGCUCUUGGCUCGUGAGCCUUCCCACAGAGAGGGGUCAGGUCUGCCCUUGCCUGUCCGAAGCCGUGGUAGCACGAGGCUGUGGGUAAGACACUCCCCGUGGUGGAGGCUGCCUAGUCCUAACGCUUACAGUGAGAGCAUGUUUUUGAUGCGAAGACAAAGUCAUUGUAUACCAGAUGCAUACCUUCAUCAAUGCUGUAAGAUGUAACUGUCUCCCUUGUGUUUCCCCUUCAGACUCCCAAAAUAGACAUUCCCAAAAUAAAACUGGCAUCAUCAGGAAGCGAAAAAAGGUGGGCAUUUUCAGAAGUGUGCUACAGUCCCCUGCAAAGCUCAAACCAUGUGUAAAUAGAUCUAGGAAUUAACAAAUAUAGUUGUUUCAAUUUCCACAAGGUUUGCUGGUGGUGCCACCCGAGCAAUGCCACAGCCACCCGCACACACAGUAUCUAGUCACACUCACCAGUGAAAGCUGAAUAGCUGGGUCCUGGGAACAGACACUGGGAGGGAACAGUCCUUGAAACUGCAGGAAGGUGGACCCACCUGAGAUGCAUCUAUGGAGCAAUAUGUCAAGAAAGAUUCUGGUUUAGAACUGCCAAUUUUUUUUAGAGUGGGGAGGAAGUUUCCAUAGAAGUCCAGGUUGUGUGGGUUAUUUUGUGUUCUGCUGUUCUGCUUUCUGUUUAUUUCAGGCUAUCAUUAAGAUGAAUCAGAAAAUUACAUCCACUUUUGCAGGUAAAAGACUAAAAGCCAUACAGGGUUUUACCAGGUAACUUAGGAAUGGACAAACUAAGCUCCUGCUACUCUGUUCUCAGACUCCGAUUGAGGUACAGACUCAUAAUUUACCUAUUUUUUUCUUGUAAGAUAAAAUGUGGAAUAUGAAGAAAACUGUUUUUGUAGUUUUUAAAAAAUAUAUAUUUCCUAUGGCUAGAGGUGCAGCAUAGGGAAUUUCGUAUAUUUCUGGUGCUUUUAGUGGCAUUUUUCUUCUUUGUCAGUUUAGGAAACUGUUCUCAGUUGGUUUUGAUCAAAUAUGAUUGUGCUUCAUGCUUUGAGCCAACCUCUUUCCACCGUAACUUCAUCUCAGGUCUUAAAAGAAACCACAUCUGUGGAGAUGUUCAGUACAGUACUACUGUCACUCAACAAGGCAAAUCAGAGAACUGCUUACUAGGAAUAACGAGCAAUUCAGGAGCUGUUUGGCUGCAGUAAUGAUUUCUAGAUGGCAGUGGCAUAAUUGAAUAUCGGGUUGCAGCAUGAAGGACAGUCAGAUGCUGCAUCUACAAGGAGCAUCAGUGCUGCAAUUUGAUGCUUUCCACAAUGUGUCAGAAGGGCUGCUGGAGCAAUCCAAAGCAAAUGGAAAUGCCAUGGAUGCCUAUGAGCAGGGGAUGUGCUUGGGGCUUAGUGCAGGAGGUAAAAUUCUCUGACAAUCCACAGCUCUGCUUUGGUUAAACCUGAAUUCAGAAAGACAAGUGAGGAAUGUCAGUAGACCCUAUACUAAUUAGCAGAGAGCUGCUGAUCAAACUUGGGAUCAGACAGUGCCCGCCAGCUCUGCCCUGCUCUUGAGGUGAUGUUAAACCCUUAAGGGAGCAUUGAAUGAGGACG